AUGACUAAAAAAGCAACUAAGUUCCAGUGGACUGAGGCUUGCGAGCAUAGUUUUCAGGAGCUUAAGGACAGGUUGACAUCAACACCAGUUCUAACAUUGCCAGAGGGUUCAGAAGGCUAUACAGUGUACUGUGAUGCUUUUGGUGUUGGGUUGGGAUGUAUUAUGGAAGAGGCAUAUCAUUCCCGUUAUUCUAUUCAACGUGAUUCGACGAAGAUGUACAAUGAUAUUAAGAAGAUAUAUUGGUGGCACAGGAUGAAGAAGGACGUUGCUGAGUUUGUUGCACAUGUCCUAACUGCCAACAGGUGA